UUCCACUUUAAUACGUUCAACAUUUGGUUGUAUUAAACAGCAGUGUUUUUGUCGAUUUAAAAGGUAUUUUACCGUGAAAGAAAACGUUAGAAACCUUCGAGAAGGAGAGAAUGAGAUACGGUCUACAAUUUGAGUUGAAUCGUUGAGGAUUUUGUGGCCGAGAAAGCGGCGAUCGGAGCUGAAAUAUGCCAGGGAUUGAUGCGAAUUUUUGUAGUCCGGUGAAAGAGAAUCUACUUUGUGGUCUGUGCGGAUUGCCUUUAAGAAAACCAGUACAGAUCUCGUCCUGUGGCCACCGAUUUUGUGAAUCCUGCCUAAACGAUCAUUUUGAACCCUUCACGAGCGAACAGGAGUUACGAUGCCCUGCUGACCAGCUCGAAGUCAAGCAUUCACAGGUCUAUCUCGAUGAAUCGUCUGGUAAAAAGAUCCAGUCUUUGACAGUCUUCUGUCGAUAUUGCAGCCAAGGCUGCAAGUGGAAAGGACCUUUGAGAAAGCUGAAGAGCCACCUGUCAACUUGUGAACACAGUGUGAUUGAAUGUUCCAACAAGUGCGGGGUGCAACUCAUGCGGAAUCAACUUGAAGAACACGUUCGUAAUCUUUGCUCUAAUCGUUACGUAUCAUGUCCAAACUGUCGUCAGAAUAUUCCACGCGAGGAACAUGAGAAACAUUCCCGAUCUUGCGGCAAAUCAGAAAACAGUUCGACUGCGAGUAAAUUACGUCAACAUAUCAAGAAUCUUGGUCGUUCGAAACAUGACUCAUUUAAUCAACCCCGUAGCUUGUCCCAGGACCAGCCAAUGCGCGCCGCGUCUGUUCCCGCGCAGCUGAAUUUCGUUGGCAGAACCGAUAUACCACAACGAAGGAUUGAGGAAUGGCAUGGAACCACAGGAAACAAGAGACACAAUCACAAUCGACGCAGGUCUCGCAACUCUUCUUUCGGACGUGAGAUAAAUAUCCAGGAAACCUUGCAAGAAGAAGAGACCGCCCCAGACCUCCCGGAUUCCCCUCCUCCGUCCCAGACCCCGCCGCUGCGUCGGCGACCGGAGUACGGAAGUCAGGUCGUCUACAUGGGCUCUUCGAAUAACCCUCCGCCCCAGACCUCUACGGAACGCGAGCUGUUCACGUGUGUCUGCGGUGCUCUGAUGGCGAACGAGGAAAUCACGACACACAUGUCCGAAGAGUGUCCGAAACGGUUGACGCUCUGUCAGUAUUGUAACAAACAAGUUGGCCAUUCUGAACUACAGGAGCACCUCAGAGAUUGUCCAAGGUUCCCUCUGAGUUGUCCGAAUAGCUGUGGCGUUCGUCAGAUUCCACGAGAAGAGAUCAACCGUCAUGUCACGACCGAUUGUUCUGCGAUUUUGGAAGUCUGUCCGUUUAAAUUCGCUGGAUGUGGCCAUAAGUGUCCCCGAUCCAAUAUAAACCGUCAUUUGGAGAACAAGAUGAAGGAACAUCUGAAUCUCAUGUGUAAGUUGUCUGUCAAACAAUCGAAAGAAAUCAACGAGCUACAGGCUGUUGUAAAACACUGCAAGCCGUUUAACCAAGGUCAGCUUUUGUGGAAAAUCGAAAAAUUUUCGGCGUGCUUAGAGACCGCUAAAGAGAUUAGCGGCUACGAAAUACACAGUCCACCUUUUUAUACAGAUCAGUAUGGGUACAAGUUCAUGAUCGUUGCCUUCCCGAACGGCAACGGGAGCGGGGAGGGGACGCAUCUCUCGCUGUACGUUCGGCUGCUAGUCGGAGAGUACGAUUCUCUCUUAAAGUGGCCUUUCCUCGGAGACAUUUCGCUAACGUUGAUCGAGCAAUCCUCAGACGCGAGUAAGCAACGUCAUAUAAGCCAGAAUUUUUCGCCAGACCCAAGUGGACGAGCUUCCAUCGGCCUAAAAAGAGUUCCAACACCCCCGGUUUUGGUUACCCACAAUUCGCAUCCCAUGACACAAUUCGGGCGCGCAAAUACAUUGUCGAUGACGCCAUCUUCAUACGGGCGACUGUUGAACUGCCUCAAAUUAUCGAAGCUUGAGCCAGCGGUUUUUGAAGCUGCGGUGUCAUCGAGGUUUUUUCUUGACUGCGAACUCCUAGGUAAGCGGUAUUGUAUGUUGAGCCCACGUUCUGUCGAUACAGCGGUUGUUGUAGCAUGAGCCCGUGAGCUUUUUGAACGGCACACUGUGGUUGAGCCGUUCUGGUUCAUAUUUUGUGUCCGCGUUUUUGACCAGUAUAAUAUAUACACGAAUUUAUUAAUGAUAAAAUGUAUUGAUCAAUCUUUCUGACGAAGUUCACGUGUCGGAAACAUGAUUUCAAAUUGAUAUUGUGUCGGUGUUUAUAUAUCGUAGCCGUAGGUUAGUUUAGGUAGUCUCUUAUGAAAAGGUUUAUGACAACAGCAGCUAAGCAUUAUUUAAAACGAGUGUCUCAACUAAGCAACCGGGAGUCUGGGGCUCGUAUAUGCAUGCCAAUCUUGAAUUGAAAGUAAUAAUACAAGGUUUUAAAAGACCCAUAUUUAUAAACAACUUUUCGAAAGUCUGCAAAUUCACAUUUUCAUAAUAUUCGUAAUGACAGCCAUUUCUGAAUAAUCACCAGAGCUGAAUGUUAGUGUUCUAUGAUAUUAGUUUCAAUUGUUUAAUGUCUGGUAGUCCUUGGAUUUCGCAAGACAUAGUAUUAAGAAAUGCUUGAAUUUUACCCUUUUUGGGGACAUGCAAAGCUUAGGAAAGCCACACAUUGUUGAACUGCUGAAAUCAAACCUUUUCACAACUACAAAAUACACCCUUAAUUUAUGAAACAAAAAAUGAAGUUGUUUUGGCCGAUAGCUUCUUGCUGUUGUCAUAACCUUAUGUAGCGGUUAGUUUAGUGUAUAUUACAUCACAGAAAAUGAAAUAAUGUUCAGAAGUUACAUAAUCAAUGUUGUAAUUUUGUUGUAUAAAAAUAUAUAUAAUCGAAAAACAUAUAUUGUCCUCUCUUUGUGGGCUUGAUUAUUCCGCAUCAACGACUGUAAAAAUAUUUUUAUAUAUAUUCAAUAAACUGUACGUUGUUGUCUAUUA